GUUUCAAUCUCCAUUAAUUGUGAUUAACUUAUAUUUAUUACCACAUUCUGUUCCAUUUCUUUCCUUCUCGAUUGUCAAAUCUAACACUUCAUCAUGAGCUCUGACAACAGAAAUGAUGAUCACCGGUUCGAUUCCGACCGUUCGUUUUGGCUGAGCACGACUUCUUACGAUGCCAACAGCAAGAUCUUACUCAUUACCAUCGUUUCCUUCUCUGUUAUUAUCCUCAUCGUUUUCGCUUAUCAUCUCUACGCAAGAUUCGUUCUCCGCUACCACAGAUCGGCCUUCCAAGGCCUCUCCUUCUCUGUCGUUUCUCAUCCGCCCAAACGUAGCCUCAACACUCUAGAAAUCGCUUCUCUCCCAAAGUUCGUGGUUGGAGUCAAGAAUGACGUGGCGGGUAUGGAAUGUUCGGUUUGUCUAAGCUUGUUGGAGGAGAAUGAUACGGCGAGGAUGUUACCGAAUUGCAAGCACGUUUUCCACGUAAGAUGCGUUGACACGUGGCUAGCGACGCAGUCCACUUGUCCCGUUUGUAGAACUGAGGUCGAGCCAAGUCCAAGGCUUGAGCCUGAACCAAGAGAAGGUCCAGUUGGCGACCGUGCACUGCCGUUGGAUUUCACGGCGGAAUCUUUGUCCGAUAACAAAACUGGCGGGUCAUCAAUUUCGCGGUUAGAUUCAUUUCGGAGGAUUCUGACAAGGGAAAGAUCUUCGAACAGUAAUGAUCAUUCUCGCGUUGACCAAGAUCGUGUUUUGGAUAUAGAACGACAGUGAAAUCAGUAUAGUAUUUAUACGACUAUAUGUGAUUCAUGUACAAUAGUACUCUUUGUUCCUUAUAAAUUAUUUUUGUGUACUCAAUCAAAUAUUUUGCAUGUAUAAAUUAUGACGGCGAACGUUUUGUAUGUUACUGUAAGACAGAUAUUUACACAUAGUUUUACAAAGCCGCUGUUGAGUAACGUGUGAAAAGGGAAAAAAGAAAGAGUUGAACUUUGUAAUUUGUAAAUAUACAAUCGUGACAAGUUUG